GAGAAAGGGAAAGGAGGAGAGCAGGGGAGCCUGGAGAGGACAGGUCCCUGAAGCCUAUAUUCUUGUUCUUGCUCUCUUUCCGACCUGUCCAGGGAUCUACAAGGCUCUCAGGAGGUGAAGUCAAGGGCUCUCAGACUCAUAAGGUUCUUAGAACAGUGGACUGCAUACCAAAGAAAAACUUCGAGGACACUUGCAACACACCAACAAGUUGAAAAGGGAUAAGAAACCUUCAACAAUCAUCAGCCCAAGCACCAAGCUAAGGGAACUUUCUAACCUGUGCCGGCAGAUUGGCAGCUGGAUGAGGACCUGCUGUGGAUGUCUAGAGAGUGAAAGUUAAGUACCAGCUCAGAUUGUUGUGCCCUCAAUUUCUUGUUGCAUUUUUUUUCUUUUUUGAUCAUAAGCAUCAAACUGUGUAUCUCUGUCUAAAAGUUCUUCUAGCAAUUUGUUUUAAGGUGAAUGCAUUUAGGGUUAAGGGAAGAGAAGGGAACUCCUGGAGAAGUAAAAAGAAAGAAAUGCCAAUUGGAGAAUAAGAUUAUUUUGAAUGACUUCAAGUCACAAGAGGAGUGUUUGUAAGUGUGUAUUUGUAAGUACUUAUGCCCCAGGGUCUCUAGGCUAGUAUCAGUGAGGGGAGGGGUUAUUGAAGAAGAAAAAAAAAAAAGAAAGAAAGAAACUUGCACUCUCUGGGAGGAAAUUCAAGGAAACCAAAAGAAAUUAACUUCAUUUUGCAAGAACUAAAAUAGAGCAAGAAGAGAGGUCAAGGGAGAAGCGUGAGGGCAGCACUCAGUGGGCAAGGUGUCAAAGCCACGCCGGCUGGCUGAGUUUACAACACAGGUAGCCAGAAGAGGUGCUCUGUAGGGGUCAUUUGGAAAAGUUUGGUUGGUGAACAAAAUAGUUUCCUCAGUGACUGCAAAUCCAUUGCUAGCUGUUUCUUUCUCUCCUCCCUGUCAUUUCAGUGUGGUACCCAGAAGUUGACUUCUGGUUCUGUAAAAACAGCUGGAGGAGAUAUGAUGCUCUUACAGAUCCUGAGAAUAAGCUUGGUGAUUCUGGCUGGGUGGGCUCUCAGCACUGCCAACUCUGAGCUGGGCUGGACACGCAAGAGAGCCUUGGCUCAGAGGGGACACCUGAAUCAGGUGCUGUUGGAGGGAGAAUGCUGCUGGCUGGGGGCCAAGGUCCAAAGACCCAGAGCUGCUCCCCAGCAUCACCUCUUUGGGGUCUACCCCAGCAGGCCUGGGAACUCCCCAAGGCCCUACCCCAUAAGGGAACAGGGAAUCCAUUCUGCUGGACACAGUGAAGCAGACACCAGGGGAAAGUCUGUGAGCCUUGUUGGCAGAGAUCUGACUGAAAAGACAGCAGGAGUGAGGAGCCAGGCAGAACAACUAGCUGUGCCUGAGGUAGGGAAUGGUCCUGUCAGGCAAGCUGAGUUACUGGGAGAUGACACUUAUCUUGGAGACGGAAGACCCAAGGAUGCUCUAAGUGAGACUGGGUCUCAGGAAAGCCCAGCCACAGAGGCCACCAUCACCACCACCUUUGUACACCCAAAGGAACCCAGACCAGAGACCCACAGGAAGGUCUGGGCCAGAUCAAGGCAUCCCCGCCAAGUGAAGAAGCAGGCAGAAGGCGAGCAGCGAGAUCCUGGUCUGUCUCCUCUUCACAUCCUGCUGUGGCCUAAGCAUCCCCUUAAGCGUGGGGUCAGAAACAGUCUGCCAGAGGACAGCAUCCAAGAUGGUGGAAGGGAUUCCUCCUGGGAGGUAGAGCCCUCGCACCCCCAAGGAGAACGGCCGGUUUUGUACUUCUCUGGGAGGCGGGAGCGGCUGCUGCUGCGUCCGGAAGUGCUGGCUGAGAUUCCACGGGAGGCGUUCACAGUGGAAGCCUGGGUGAAGCCGGAGGGAGGACAGAGCAACCCCGCCAUAAUCGCAGGUGUGUUUGACAACUGCUCCCACAUGGUCAGUGACAAGGGCUGGGCCCUGGGGAUCCGCCCAGGGAAGGACAAGGGAAGGCGAGACGCUCGCUUCUUCUUCUCCCUUCGCACCGACCGCAUGAAGAAAGCCACCAUCGUGACUGGUCACAGUCGCUACCAGCCAGGCACAUGGACACACCUGGCAGCCACUUAUGAUGGACGGCGCAUGGCCUUGUAUGUGGAUGGCACUCAAGUGGCCAGUAGUCUAGACCAGUUUGGCCCUCUGAACAGCCCCUUCAUGGCGUCUUGCCGCUCUUUGCUCCUGGGUGGGGAUAGCUCUGAGGAUGGGCACUGUUUCCGUGGACACCUGAGCACACUGGCCUUCUGGUCGACUGUCCUUCCACAAAGCCAUCUCCAGCAUAGUCCUCAGCAUCCAAGUGGGGUGGAGGAGUUGACUGCCUUGAUCCUGACAGCCAGAUUUGAACCUCUAAAAGAACAGUGGGCCCCCUUUAGAGAGGAUAAAUACCCACGGCUUGAGGUUCUCCAGGGCUCUGAGCCAGAGCCCGAGAUUCUGACACCUUUGCAGCCUCCACUCUGUGGGCAAACAGCUUGUGACAAUGUGGAAUUGAUCUCCCAGUACAAUGAGCACUGGCCCCUCCGGGGAGAGAAGGUGAUACGCUACCAAGUGGUGAACAUCUGUGAUGAUGAGGGCCUGAACCCCAUUGUGAGUAAGGAGCAGAUCCAGCGGCAGCAUGAGGCUCUGAAUGAAGCCUUCAGCCGCUAUAACAUCAGCUGGAGGCUGAGCGUCCACCAGGUCCAUAACUCCACCUUGCGUCACCGGGUCGUGCUUGUGAACUGUGAGCCGGGCAAGAUUGGCAAUGACCACUGCGAUCCUGAGUGUGAGCACCCACUCACGGGCUAUGAUGGGGGUGACUGCCGCCUGCAGGGCCGCUGCUACUCCUGGAACCGCCGGGACGGGUUCUGCCAUGUGGAAUGCAACAACAUGCUGAACGACUUUGACGAUGGAGACUGCUGCGACCCUGAGGUGACUGAUGUGCGCAAGACCUGCUUCGACCCUGAUUCACCCAAGAGGGCAUACAUGAGUGUGAAGGAACUGAAGGAGGCCCUGCAGCUCAACAGUACCCACUUUCUCAAUGUCUACUUUGCCAGCUCAGUAAGGGAAGACCUUGCAGGUGCUGCCACCUGGCCUUGGGACAAGGAGGCCAUCAGUCAUCUGGGUGGCGUUGUCCUCAACCCAACUUAUUACGGCAUGCCUGGCCACACCAACAUCAUGAUCCAUGAGGUGGGGCAUGUCCUGGGACUCUACCACGUCUUCAAAGGGGUCAGUGAAAGAGAAUCCUGUGACGACCCUUGCAGGGAGACAGUACCAUCUAUGGAAACUGGGGAUCUCUGUGCUGACACUGCCCCCACUCCCAAGAGUAAACUGUGCCAGGACCCAGGGCCUGUCAAUGACACCUGCGGCUUCACCCACUUCCCGGGAGCUCCAUUCAGCAACUACAUGAGUUACACAGACGAUGACUGCACUGACAGCUUCACCCCUAACCAAGUGGCACGAAUGCAUUGUUAUUUGGACCUUGUAUACCAGCAAUGGAGCCAAAGCAGAAAGCCCACCCCCAUCCCCAUCCCACCCAUGGUCAUCGGGCAGACCCACGAGUCUCUCACUAUCCACUGGCUGCCUCCCAUUAGUGGAGUUGUGUACGACAGGGCCCUGGGAAGCAUGUGUGAUGCCUGCACGGAAGAUGGGAUGUUCCGUCAGUAUGUGCAUGCGGCUUCCUCCCGGCGGGUGUGUGACUCCUCCGGUUACUGGACCCCAGAGGAGGCCGUGGGGCCCCCAGAUGUGGAUCAGCCAUGUGAGCCCAGCUUACAGGCCUGGAGUCCUGAGCUCCAUCUGUACCACAUGAACAUGACAGUGCCCUGCCCUGCAGAGGGCUGUAGCCUAGAGCUACUCUUCCAACACCCAGUCCAGGCCGACACCCUCACCCUAUGGGUCACUUACCUCUCCAUGGACUCCUCCCAGGCACUCUUCGACGUGGAGAUCUUGCUGGAAAACCAGGAGUCUGUGCACCUAGGCACCUUGGACACUUUCUGUGACACCCCACUCACCAUCAAAUUGCACAUGGCUGGAAAGGUCUUCGGGGUGAAAGUCUACACCUUUGAUGAGCGAAUGGAGAUUGACGCGGCCCUUCUGAUUUCUCAGCCCCGUAGUCCCCUGUGCUCUGGCUGCCGGCCUGUGAGGUACCAGAUUCUCCGUGAGCCCCCAUUUGCCAGUGGCUCACCCAUGGUGGUGACACACCCUCGCAGGAAGUUCACAGACGUGGAGGUCACUCCGGGGGAGAUGUACCAGUACCAAGUUCAAGCUGAAGCUGGAGGAGAACUGGGAGAAGCAUCACCCCCUCUGAGCCACAUCCAUGGAGCGCCUUACUGUGGGGAUGGGAAGGUGUCAGGGAGCCUGGGAGAAGAGUGUGAUGAUGGAGAUCUUUUGAGUGGAGAUGGCUGCUCAAGCGCAUGUAAACUAGAGAAACGCUUCAACUGUGUAGGUGAACCAAGCCUUUGCUACAUGUAUGAGGGAGACGGAAUCUGUGAGCCUUUUGAGAAGGAAACCAGCAUUGUGGACUGUGGCCUCCAUACUCCCGAAGGAUAUGUGGAUCAGUGGGCUAUCCAAGCUUACUCGCCUCAUGAAGACAAGAAGUGUCCUGUUUCCUUGGUAACUGGAGAACCACAUUCCAUGAUUUGCACAUCCUACCAUCCAGAUUUACCCAAGCACCGUCCCCUUACUGGCUGGUUUCCCUGUGUCACCAGUGAAAAUAGACCUCAGGAUGAAGGGAGUAAACAGCCAGAAGGUAGUUUGGAGAAGGACGGGGUUUGGCUCAAAGUGUGUUUCAAUAGACCAGGAGUGGCCAUGGCAAUUUUCAUUUUCUUGACCUCUGAUGGCCUGGUCCCUGGGGAGAACCAGCAGCCAACAGUGACCAUCUACCUGACCGAUGUCAGUGGAAGCAACCACUCUCUUGGUACCUAUGAACUGUCAUGCCAGCAUAACCCAAUGGUUAUCAAUGUGACCCAUCAAGCAAAUGUCUUCUUUUACCACACCACCUCAGUGCUGCUGAAUUUCUCAUCCCCAUUAGUGGGCAUCUCAGCGGUGGCUCUCAGGACAUCUUCCCACACUAGUCCGUCAGCUCCCAAUGACUGCAUCCCAAAGCAUGAGGGACAGAAUCAUCAGAGACAGAGCUGUGUCUAUCAGUCCCAUGGGGAGCAGGACAACUGUGCACCAUUGCUGCUUGACCAUGCAGAUGCGGUGAACUGUACCUCUAGUGGCCCAGGUCACAUGAAGUGUGCUAUCACCUGUCAAAGGGGAUUUGCCCUUCAGACCAGCAGCGGGCAGUACCUCUGGCCCAUACAGAAAGAAAUUCUGCUCACAUGCUCCUCUGGGCACUGGGACUGGGAUGUGAGCUGCAUGCCCCUGGACUGUGGUGUGCCCGACCCAUCUUUGGUGAACUAUGCAACGUUCUCCUGCUUGGAAGGAACCAAAUUUCUGAAACGCUGCUCCAUUUCCUGUGUGCCACCAGCCAAGCUGCAAGGACUGAGCCCGUGGCUGACCUGUCUUGAAGAUGGGCUCUGGUCUCUCCCAGAAGUCUACUGCAAGUUGGAGUGCGGUGCCCCCCCUGUUAUUCCGAACGCCAACCUGCUUCUGCCUCACUGCCUCAAAGGCAACCACGACGUGGGCACCGUCUGCAGAUACGAAUGCCACCCAGGCUACUACAUCAUGGGAAGUGCAGAGAGUGCAGCCAGGAACAAGUUCCUGAAGAUACAGUGCCUGGAAGGUGGAAUCUGGGAACAAGGCAGCUGCAGCCCAGUGAUGUGUGAGCCCCCGUCUCCUGUUUUUGAAGGCAUGUAUGAAUGUACCAAUGGCUUCAAGCUGGACAGUCAAUGCGUGCUCAACUGUAAUCAGGAAAGUGAAAGGCUUCCCAUCCUCUGCACUAAAGAGGGAUUGUGGACCCGAGAGUUCAAGUUGUGUGAGAACCUGCAAGGGGAGUGCCCACCACCCCCAUCAGAUCUGAAUUUUGUGGAGUAUAAGUGCGAACAAGGAUAUGCCAUUGGUGCAAUGUGCUCCCCAUCGUGUAUAAUACCCCCUAGUGACCCAGUUAUGCUACCUGAGAAUGUCACUGCUGACAGCCUGGAGCACUGGAUGGAACCUAUCAAGGUCCAGAGCAUCGUGUGCACUGGUCGGCGUCAAUGGCACCCAGAUCCCUCCCUGGUGCACUGCAUCCAGUCCUGCGAGCCUUUUCAAGCAGAUGGUUGGUGUGACACUAUCAACAACCGGGCCUACUGCCACUAUGAUGGGGGAGACUGCUGCUCUUCCACACUCUCCUCCAAGAAGGUCAUUCCAUUUGCUGCUGACUGUGAUCUGGAUGAAUGCACCUGCCGAGACCCCAAGGCAGAAGAAAAUCAGUAACUGUAAGACCACGCCCCUCCCUCCACUGCCCUGGAGGCAGCAAGAGAGGCCAACACAGAAAUAAACAAAGGGUGACUGAAGACAGAAGGUCAUGAAGUAGAGGAAGGAGGAAGAGCAUGAAGGAUACCAUAAGUAACAACAGAGGAUAUUUAUAGGUGCAAGUAGCACACCAAGUAGCCCAUAUAGGGAAAAAUCACAGGCAAAAGUUUCUUUAAAGGGGUAGUUGAUUAAAAGUGGAAGGAGAAAUAUACUAGAUAUACAAGAACUGUCCUCCCCCUUUUAUAUUCUACUCAACCCCAUCUUCAACUUUGCCCUACUCCCCCCCUCUGCAUCCUGCCAACUAUUCAACCCCACCCAACUUGUAAACCAAAACCAAAAUACCAGAAGAGAAGUUGCCAGGGACACUCUGUUAAUACCCAUUUCGAAUGAAUUGCCAUCUUUCAGGGCUCGUCUCCUCUAAACUGGCUCUUUUCCUUUCUUUUGUGUAGUCUCUCUUA